UGAGUCGUGUUACUGUGCAGUGUACGCCGGACAUGCAGGCGCAUUUCUCGUGGUUCUUUUAGUAGCGAAAAAUACAAAUGGAAGUAAUUUGCUAAUUAAUAAUGUGAUCAGUGUCAGGCUACAGGGGCAUCCAUUUCCUUCUCAUCUGUUGUGCCAAGGCAAAUUUUCGAUGAAGUUUACUGCAGGGAUCUGCUACGAUGCACACCAAGAACGUCAACGUGACGCAAGCUGAGAGCGCCAACGCCGAGACGAUACUGAGCAACAAACACGACCAACAAAACUGUGAAUCGCCAGUGAAAAAGCAAAUUUUCGAGAGCAUUCCAGAAAAUUCUUUCCUUCAUCGUCUACACCAACAAUUUCAGCGACAGCAACCAGCCGAUCAACACAGCAACACAACACAACCUCAACAACACGACACUCAAAACGAGCACAUCACCGAGCAACAACACAUUCGUAUCACGGCAUCCGGAGAUCAACAAUUACAACAACAAGUACAAAAUCAACACAAACAACAACUAUAUCAUCACCACCAACAGCAACAACAACAACAACAAAAUCAACGCUUCCCCCAACUUGGUCCCACGAUGUCCCCGAAUUCAGCUUCCCCUUACCAACCUCCUCCUCUGCCCCCGCGAUGUCAGCCUCGAUCCCCGGUCCGCGAGGACUUAGCCAGGGCACAAAUGGUGUCAUACGCAGACGGAGUGUGUGGUCCCUACAAGCCUGUGCCGCCCCCCAAGCCCUACCCCCACAGCCCCACGUCGCCCCCCGGUCCUGACGGUGCGGAUCCACCCCAUAUCCUAGUCACGGAACAAGGACGUUUCCACACACACUCCACUAAGUUCCCUACCGAAAAGCUUGAAAAUGCCAAUCAAACGUGGAGGAAUCCAAGCUGCGCUCUAGCUCCUUCAAAAUUCCAGCCAAGUCUCUCAUGCUCAAAAAUUCCUUUCCCGAAAAGCUCACAACUUCAAUCAAAUUCUCCAUCCAACGGUUUUCAUUUCUCAAAUGCAUUACUCAAUUCGAAUUUUACGCCUUCUGCAAGCCAAAAUCUCCCCACAAUCCUUUCAAGACUAGGAUCCGUCACAAACCAGGACGAAACUCAGCUUGUUCAAGCACGACCUCUUUGCAAAUCCGACGUCGAUUCAUCAUCCAGAUCUACGGGGACUUUGGAUCGCAGCGUUAAGUGGGUUUUCUCAUCCACCGUCGAUGAAAGCCAUUCUUCUGUUACAAGCGACAAUGUAAUUUCAUCGGGUUACUCCAAGGACCAACUGCAGUUCGCUGGCCAGACGUGCAGAACCAGAAGAAGGAAUCUAAAUUUCGGGCAUCUCGAGUACGUUAAGCGACAUCAAACUGAUCGCGCAGCAGGCGGCUUGAUGAAUUCCUUCUCAGCCGUGUCUUGUACGGACAUACAUUCUUCGGGUAACGCAGGCGAAGGCAGUUCAGAACUCCCAUUUAGCCAAAGUGACAAAGACUACCAAAUUAUCGGAUCGUCUGGUACGUCUGGUUGCGUAGUACUAGUGCGUAAAGGAGGCUCGCUACCAAGACUUCCAUCGUCAUGUGAUGGAAUUUUCGUCAAGGAGACGGAAUCUUACUCAGCAAUUGCUAAGUUCCUGAGGCGUCAAAAGAACAAGCAAAAACUUGGGGCAGUAUCGCAAAGAUGUGAACAGAAGAAAACUCCGCGGCCGCAGCAACCACUGCCCCCUCACGCCAUCGGUGCAACUGGGGGUUUACACAACGGCUCUGGUAGUACUUCUGGACUUGGAGGUUCUUCUGGCCCUGGAGGUUCUUCUGGACUUGGAGGCUCUUCUGGACUUAAAGGCCCUGGACCUCUGCCUCUCCAAGGCGGACCUCCCGAAACAUCGUCUAGACCUUCCACUCAGGGCGGCGACGACCGAGACGUUCUACUUCCAGGCCAGGACCUCAACAUGCCUUCUGCGAGACCAAGUAACUCCACCAUCCCACCGGAGGGAACUCUCGCGGGACUUCUUCCUACUCAGCACUAUCAUCCCCUGCAGCCUGAUCCUCACCAUUACAACCCCCAGCCGUACAAAUCACACCAAAAUAUUCACUCCGUUCAAAAGAACUCUACUGAUCAUCCAUAUCUUCACAUACCUACAAAUUCUGCAGACUCUCCCUACAUUCAUGUCCCUAAGAAUUCUGCUGAUUCUGGGCCUGGCCACCUAUCUUCUGCUGCAGCCAAUGGGAACCUCGGCAUUCCCAUUAAUGGAGAUCUGAAUGAAUUCCAACCUCAUGGCGGCAUCUCAAGGGAGACUUGGGCCCGAGCCUCGCAAGGCCUGAGAAUGAGAGAUCCUCACGCUGUAAGUGAACACCCACGAAAUGGCCAUAUCCCAAAUGGUGUCCUUCCAAACGGGGUGUUAAAAGAUGGUGAAUUUCACCCUGUCCCUCCACCUAAGCCCACUCAUAAUGGCCACGUUAAUGGCCAUUGGGGUCACCUCAAUCACGGAUACCAGCACACAUCUGAUGGAGGAGUAAUAGGUGCCACAAAUAACGGAUUUCGAGGAGAAGAAAUGAACAAGCAUCAUUUUGUUAACGGAUACCAUCAGACCUCUAAUCACCAGGAGAAUCACAGUAAUGGGGAAACAAUCCAUUUACAUAACGGGUCUAAAACGGACACACGACUUCAGCCUGAAGAAUGCGUUCGAGGCACCCAAAGUAAUUUUAAUGGUUAUGUUCAGCCGAUCAAUGGACAUUCCCCCCAAUCGACGACCUCUGCUCCGGCCGAUGAGAUCAACACUGCCAACGAAAGGCAGGAGGAGCAACGAAAAGAUGAUCGUUGGGGUUCCUUGAAAAAGGGCUUGAAGUAUACCAACUUGAAAGGCAUAAUUGCUAGCAAAUUUAGCGGAAGACAUGAAUCAAAAGAAGACCAUAGGAAUGCAAUGAUUGCAUCCUCUCAAAGUGCGGAAGCCCAAAAAGUGCACUCUUUGGACGAAUCGCUUAACAAACGCGAAAAAAAUACCAACUUGAUGUUUCAAUCCAGGCUGAACCAAACGUCAAAUUUCCCAGGUACUGGAAAUUGUAAUAGAAACGCCGAUAUUGAAGAAGUGGUACAAGCAAAUCAUGCCCCACAGAACACAGCCCCGAACGGCUUUCAUUAUGGAGCUCCACUACGAAGUUCUGUUGUUCACUUCGACCUGCCGAAGUCUAAUGAACGCUUGGGAAACGAAUUCGAGACAAACGGCAAUCAAAUGCCAAAAAGGUCUGGUUCGUAUCAUCAGCUGAACCAACAGCCGAUCCAGCAGCCUCUAGUCCAAUCUCAACAGCAACUGUUGCGCCAACAAAACAGAUUUUAUUCCUCUGAAAUGAACGAUGUUUUGCCCUCGGAUCGCACGUAUGGAUCAAACGGCCGAACAGCUAGUAUUGGAAUGCUCUCAACAGCGGGUGCAGAGGGCACUAGCAGCACAGACUCCGGCAGAGGCACGGCAGGCAGCGGCGCUGGUGUAGUAACAGAUCGCCGGAGUGGCCACAACACCAGCGUCGACUCCGGCGCCUCGUCUAAUAGACCGAACGGCCAUUCUUCCGCAGGAAACGACUCGGAGUGGGUGGACAUAACCGAAUCCGACGUCAACAAAUCCCACGCAAAAAAUGGAUUUCCUCCCCAAGCUCGAGGUCCCCAACAGAGAUUCCCCAUCGCCAUGGCUCCCCGAAAAAGUCCCUCAGGCAACGGACCGUCCAACGCCCCGGUCAUGGGGACAGCUAACCUUGGGGCGCUCAGGAACUCUGGCCACAACGCCAGCAGGAAAAGCCUCGUGAGGCGUGAGUCCUUAGCAGCCACGCCUCCCCUGCCUCCCCUCUCUCCUGAGGCGUCCCCAAGGGCUUCUCUCCACGCCUCACCUUCACGGGCUGAGGGCAACCAGCGGAGAUCUUUCAGUUCUUCAGUUCUUAAUCAGCCUGACCUCCUCGAGGCGGCUGACAGACUCCGUAACGGCCUUCCAGUUGACCUCAGGAAAAGAAAAGUCCAGUUCCCCGAAGUUGGAANCAGCUUCAUGGUGUUGAAGUUGCUGGGAGGUAAUGGUGGUCGUAAACUGAAGUCGUCGCGUCGUAGGCUGCACGGCUCCAUGUCCUCCCUGCCAUCGUCCAUCGUGUCCGCCACGAGGCUCAAGGAUAAGCGCAGGAGCGCUGCUGGCCUCCUGGAGGACAGGCUCAAGCGAGGCCCUGCACGUGAUGGUGGCAAGGGUAUCCAGCGGCGCUUCCAGCGUCUCGAGAGCCACGUCGUGACGCUCGCACGCAGCGUCGCGCACCUCAGCGCAGAAAUGCGCUCACAGAACGCUAUAUUCCAGGAAAUGGAGAGCAUCCGGAAUGACAUCACCGCGCUCCGCACUUCAGGCAUUCCGCAGAACCACAUCGCCACGAACCCUGUCCGCAACGGCGCCAUCCACAACAGCAAGAACAACUGGGAUAUUUUCAAGACCGGCGGCCCUGGUCUUAAUAAUCCUAAUAGAGUUAAGAAACUCACGCAAUUCUUCGGAGACGAGCCUCCGCUUGUCAGACUUUUCCUCAGAAAACUUGGCUAUGAGAAAUACGCGCCGGUGUUCGAGCAGGAGAAGAUAGGCAUGCUGGAGCUCCCAUACCUCGACGAGGACCGCCUACUAAAGCUGGGCAUUCCUUUAGGACCGCGCGUUCGUAUCCUGCAGGAGGCCCAGGGUCCUAUCACCACCGAUGGCAACCUCAGCGUUUACGUUGUUUGAGUUCACAAGAAAUGUAGAAGAAAACUAUCAAAAAUAGUUACGACAGCGUUUACGUUGAGUUCACAAAAAUGUGGAGGAAAACUAUCAAAAAUAGUUACGACAGCGUUUACGUUGUUUGAGUUCACAAGGAAGUAGAAGAAAACUAACAUAAAUAGAUACGACAACGUUUACGUUUUAUGAGUUCUCACGAAAAUGUAGAAGAAAUCUACCAAAAAUAGUUACGACAGCGUUUACGUUGUUUAAGAUCCCCUGAAAGGGCCGUAAUAUCAAAAAUAGUAUUAAUAGUUACUCCGGCAGCAAAUCACUGACACCUUUCAAGCUAACCACACCAAUCUCAGAGCAGAAAUCGUCCGCUACGUGUACAUUAGCCGCUACGUGUACUAAGGCCUUAACGUAUAUUUUGGUCUCUACUUGGAUUUAUGGGCUUAUGCCGCUAAAUGUACUUUGGCCGCUACGUGUAUUUAGGCAGCUAACUGUACUUAAGCAAACUACGUGUACAUAGACCGCUUUGUAUUUAGGCCGCAGCGUAUAAUUAAUUAGGCCAAUACGUGUAUUCGGGACUUUACGUUUACUUAGGCCGCCACGUGUACAAGCAUCAAGAUACGAGCACUAGUACACCACCAUCAUACGAAUUCCAAGGUCCUAGUCAAAUUAAUUUUUGAGAUUUCAUUCAAUCAAAGCGAAUUCCAUUUCAGGCAGAGAGGAAAUUUUAUUCAUUCAUAAUUUUUGAGGUGUGAGAAUUGAAAAUUCCCUUCGAUACUUAGGCUCUUCUAUGUAUUUUAAUAAUGAAGAGACGAAAUUUGUGGCGCCAUAGAUGUCCUUGAAUUUUUUACAUUUGGCCCAUCAGAUCGAGGUGCUACACACGAGCUUUGGAAAUAUUUUCGAAUUUGAUAGAUUUUGAGUUGAAAAUAAUCACUUUCGAAAAAGUAGGAGCAGCCUUAUAACUUAUAAGGCUGCACUUAUAAGUGCAGCCUUAUAAGUUUAAGUGCACUAAAUUUUGUUUACUCCAGCCUGCACCAGCUUUGCGUAGCUAUCAUUAAUUGGUAGUUUGAUUUAAUUAAUUAAUUUGAUUUAAUUAGUCAUUUCUGACGAUAAAGCCGCCGGAAUGCUGGAGUAAUUGGACCUUGGCAUCAUUGGGUGAAAUUGAAGUGUGGCUAGCGUGAUUUUGUGGCUUUCAUUUAGUGAACUUAAUUUAAUUGUAAGAUUUAUUGAAACUUUUGACUGAGAGGACUGGUAAUUUUCAGUAUUAUGCAAAGCUCAACUCGUUUCUAUGUGCUGGCUCUUUCAUUUUUAAGAAUCAAAACAACCAUUCCAUUCCAAAGAACUACUAUGUUUGUAUUGUAUUGUGCAUAUUUUAGAAUUGAUAAGAUAAUGUUACUAAUAUUUCUAAGGCAUCGAUUAUUUUGAAUAGGUUGAUAAUUAUAUCUGCUCCAUAACAGG